AUGGCAUUAUAUGGUCCUUUGCUUUAUGCAUGGUUACCAUUGCUGGUAUUCUUUUUACAAGCAUUUCACGGUGGAUCUGCACACAGUUCCUGCAGUCAAAACAAUGGUGGAUGUGAUCAAAACGCUCUUUGUUCAGACGACCCAACUACAGGCACAACGAAGUGCACCUGUAAAACUGGUUAUACCAACACUGGUUGUGAUGACAACGUUGUCUGCGCAGAUAGUUGCACUGUCAACAAUGGAGACUGUCAUUCAAACGCCGAUUGCUUGCAUGAUGCUACCACAAAUGCAGUGCAAUGCAUUUGUAAUACCGGCUACACCAACACAGGUAGCGGCUCCAACGUUGUCUGCAAAGGUAUGAUGAUUUCAAGUACGAUGAAAGCAUUCCCUCGUAAUGUAUAUAUUUCAGAUAGUUGCACUGUCAACAAUGGAGCUUGUGAUGACCACGCCGUUUGCUCACACGAUGCUAAGACAAAUGCAGUAGUAUGCACCUGUAAAGCUGGCUAUACCAACACAGGUGGUGGAUCCAACGUGGUCUGCACAGACAGUUGCACGGUCAGCAAUGGAGCUUGUGAUGAAAACGCCGUUUGCUCACACGAUGCUAAGACAAAUGCAGUAGUAUGCACCUGUAAAACUGGUUAUACCAACACAGGUAGCGGAUCUGAGGUUGUCUGCACAGACAGUUGCACUGUGAACAAUGGAGGAUGUGAUCCAAACGCUGCUUGCUCACACGAUGGAACUACAUACGCAGUAAUAUGCGCUUGUAAAACUGGUUAUACCAACACAGGGAGCGGAUCUAACGUUGUCUGCACAGACAGUUGCACUGUCAACAAUGGAGGUUGUGAUUCAAAUGUCCCCUGCUCACACGAUGCUACCACAUAUGCAGUAGUAUGCACCUGUAAAACUGGUUAUACCAACACAGGUAGCGGAUCUGAGGUUGUCUGCACAGACAGUUGCACUGUGAACAAUGGAGGAUGUGAUCCAAACGCUGCUUGCUCACACGAUGGAACUACAUACGCAGUAAUAUGCGCCUGUAAAACUGGUUAUACCAACACAGGUAGCGGUUCGAAGGUUGUCUGCACAGACAGUUGCACUGUGAACAAUGGAGGUUGUGAACGAAAUGCAUUUUGCUCACACGAUACUAAGACGUAUGCAGUAGAAUGCACCUGUAGAACUGGUUAUACCAAUACUGGUCGCGAACGCAACGUUGUCUGCAGAGAUAGCUGCACUGUCCAGAAUGGAGGUUGCGAUCGAAACGCUGCUUGUUCACACGAAGCUAGGACAAAUGAAGUAAUGUGCACCUGUCAUCCUGGCUUUACCAAUACUGGCAGAGGCGUCACGGUUGUCUGUACAGACAGGUGCACUCUGAACAAUGUAGGUGAUGAUCCCAAUGGCAUUUGCACACGUGAUCCUAGGACCAAUGCAGUAAAAUGCACGUGUAAAGCUGGUUUUAUUAACACGUGUACUGCCGCCAAGGUUGUCUGCAAAGAUAGUUGCAAUAUCAAAAAUGGAGGUUGUGAUCCAAACGCUGCUUGCUCUCAUGAUGAUGUGACAAAUGCGGUAAAGUGCACUUGUAAAGCCGGCUAUACCAACACUGGUAGUGCGGUCACAAUUGUCUGCAAAGAUACUUGCACUAUCAAAAAUGGAGGUUGUGCUCCAAAUGGAGCUUGUUCACAUGAUGCUACGACAAAUGCGGUAAAAUGCACCUGUAAACCUGGUUAUACUAAUAUUGGUAGCGACGACAACAUGGUCUGCAAAGAUAGUUGCACUGUGAACAAUGGAGAUUGUGAUCGGAACGCCAUUUGCUCACACGAUGCUAAGACAUAUGGAGUAAAGUGCACCUGUAAAACUGGUUAUACUAACAGCGGGAGCGGCGUAAACGUUGUCUGCACAGAUAGUUGUGCUGUCAAUAAUGGAGCUUGUGAUCGAAACGCUGCUUGCUCGCAUGAUGCUAAGACAAAUGCAGUAACGUGCACCUGUAAAGCUGGUUAUACCAACACUGGUAGCGUUGCCAAGGUUGCCUGCACAGAUAGUUGCACUGUCAAAAAUGGAGGUUGUGUUCCAAACGCAGGUUGUUCACAUGAUGGUAGGACAAAUGCAAUAAUAUGCACGUGUAAAACUGGUUAUACCAACAUUGGUAGCCCUGUGAAGGUUGACUGCAAAGAUAGUUGCCAUGUCAACAAUGGAGAUUGUGACCCGAACGCUUUUUGCUCGCAUGAUGCUAAGACAAAUGUAGUGAAAUGCACCUGUGCACCUGGUUAUACCAACACGGGAUCGGGGUCGGAUGUGAUAUGCACAGAGAUACCAUAUCAACCAACGGCAAAUCAAACAAAAGAGCCAUGUUUUUAUGGUAAAUGUUCGUGUACUGGUGAUCCUCAUAUAAUUCCGUUUGCAUCAUCGUAUCGGGGACUUCAAACUCAAUAUUUGUAUCAAGUACAGGGCUGGAGCGUGCUCAUUAGUAAUAUUUUCGUUACGCUGUAUAUUUUUAAUGCACCGUGUCCUUAUCUUGUUACUAAUUACGUUUUGAUUUUCCAUGGUGCAUCCCCUUGCAUAGUUAUUGGUAAUAGUAAAAGUAAAAGUCCACCAAUGUGCGCUAACACUACAUCGGCCACAUCAACGACGUUAUCAGCUGGUUCAUCGUGGACUCAUUUCCAUAAUACAAAAUGUAUUGUAGUGCACGUCGACUAUCAGGGUGGAUAUUACAAUAUUCAUAUCUAUCAUUCAUAUACGUUGAUCAAUUUAUCGGCUGGUCAAUGUCGACAAACGCAUGGCAGAAUAGAGGGAGCGUCUAAAGCAUCACUGAGUGUCAUUCCUGAAGUAUGCAAUAUUUUUAUUGCUGCUGCUAAAAAGCGAGCCGUAGGUGCUAUCAAUCCAAAUGUAAUUAAGAUGGCUCAGACGUCGUGCAACAAUGAUCUGCAAACGUCACUUGAUGCAACAAUUGCUGUCGCAGGUAUUUCCUUGGUUCUUCAUGAUAGUGCAAGCUCACAGCUUGACUCUGAUGAUCAAACUGGACUUUUCCAUCAAAUUCACGCAUUAAAACAUGAUGCGUUUUUGAAUGCAACCCACGAAGCGAACGAAUUGAUUAGCAAUACGAAAGAACUUUGUAAUGAAAAAGACCAAUGUUUAGGAUCAGUCAAUAACAUUAAACACUAA